AUGUCGGGGUACAAGGGACCUCGCGGACCCAAUGUGUCCCAGUACAUUGCCGAUCUGAACCAACUGUCGCCGCCUUCAGAGACUCUUGUAGAGCCUCAGCCCGUCACAGAGGACUUCUCCGCGUUCCUGAACACCGACUUCUUCGACAUCAACGGCGGUACCAACGUGGACCUCAACUCACCCAUUGACUUCGGUGUCGACUUCGACAUCAAGCAACCAGCCCAGUCUACCACCGAGAAUACACCGAGAAACAGCAUCAGCACCGCCAGUGCGGCGAAGCCCGAUAUGGAGUUCAACUUGAAUGGCGACUUCCAGUUCACCGACUUCAACAACUUCGGCGCGGCACCCAUUAUCGACACCUCCAUGGCAAGCCUGCCGCAGCCACAACCACACAACUACUCGAUCCCUACUACAUACGCACCGCAGCCCAACGCCAUCUCGCCCAUCAGUUACGAUGACUCGGCCUCGAAGAAGCGCAAACUUGAGGACAUGACUGUUGGCACACCCAUCCAGCACCUGGACGAGCAUGCACGCGUCGCUGCAGAAGAAGACAAGCGCCGCCGCAACACAGCUGCAUCUGCCCGUUUCCGCGUAAAGAAGAAGCAGCGCGAACAGGCCCUCGAGAAGACAGCAAAGGACAUGAGCGACCGUGUGCAGCAGCUCGAGGCCAGAAUCGGACAGUUGGAGACGGAGAACGCAUGGCUCAAGGGUUUGAUCACCGAGAAGAGCAGCGGCAAGAGCUCUACGUCGGAACUCAAAGCGCUGUUAAGCAAGAAGGAAGAGCAGAAGACAGGGCGGAAUAGCCCCGCGCACACCGAGGGCGUGGGCACUGAGGCUUAG